AUGAAGUAGAAAAUGACAGCAGUGGACGUAAGAGCCCUCUGCCUCCUGCUUAAGAAAAAAUUACUCGGAUUGCGUUUAGCAAACGUCUAUGAUGUUUCUGGACGUCUUUACUUGUUAAAAUUAUCAAAAGCAAAUAGAAAGGAGCAUUUAUUAAUCGAGUCAGGAAUCAGAAUUCACACGACAGAGUUUCUGAGAAACAAGAAGGAUGUGCCAUCAGGCUUCUCUAUGAAACUCAGAAAGCAUCUUAGAACUAAAAAACUAGAGAAUCUGACUUAGCUAGGUGUAGAUAGAGUUAUUGAUUUGCAGUUUGGAAAAGGAGAAAACGCUUAUCAUAUUCUUGUCGAGUUAUACGCACAAGGAAAUGUUAUAUUGACUGACUUUGAAUAUACAAUAUUGAGUUUAUUGAGAUCUCACAAGUUUGAUGAGACUUCAAAGAUUUAGAUCAGAGAAAAGUAUCCAUUUACUGCUUCAGCAGGAAUGACAAUAGAUACUAUCUUUAUUACUACUGAAGAUAUAUAGAAAUUCAUUGAAGGCGAGCCUGAAAAAGAAGCAGACCAAAUUUCUGAAAAACCAGAUUAAACUUAGGAAGCUGCUUAAAACGACACUAAGAAGGCAGGUGGUAGCAAAUAACAAUAAAAAUAAGAUAAGAAAGCUAAGCAACAGUCAAAGAAAGACAAUAAAAAGGAGACAAAUUUGAAGAGCAUUCUAACUAAAAUGGUUCCAUAUAUAAACUUCCCUUAUGCAGAGCACGUACUGAAAUAAAUGGGUCAUGAUCCAAAUUCAAAGGCAACAAUUGAGUAAUAAGAUAUUUUAGUUAAAGCAGCAAGGUAGUGCUAGUAAUUAGUGAAAGAUUUAGAAACACAAGAGUCUAUCUUAGGAUACUUGAUAUAUACAGAUAAGCCUGAGCAAGAAAAGAAAAUACCGCAACUGUCAACUCAAUCUGCAACUAGUUUACCCUAAAAUGAAGUUCCGGCUGAACUAGAAACUGUACAGGACAUCAAAUUUAAGAACAAGUUACUAAAGGAUUUCGGUCCAAUUCCACUUGCACAGUUCUAGGGAGAACCUUGCCUGGAGUAUGAAUCAUUCGAUCAAUGUGUGGAUGAAUAUUUUUCAUAAUUAGAUAAGCAGAGAGAGCAGUCUAAGUUCUCAAACAAAGAGGAUGAGAUAUGGAAAAAAAUGUCGAGAAUUAAAGAUGAUUAAGAAAAAAGAAUACAAGGAUUGCAAAAGGAGCAAGAUUUGUCAGAAUUUAAAGCGUAAUUACUUCAAAAGUAUAUCUAUGAAGUUCAAGCUAUCAUUGAUAUACUUCAAGUGAUGCAAACUUCUGGAAUAUCUUGGCCAGAUAUCAUGAGAAUGGUUAAGGAAGAGAAAAAAGCUGGAAACCCACUAGCUGACUUGAUAUACAAAAUAAAUUUUGAGAAAAAUUACGUAACUCUUAUGCUAGAUGCUUGCAAUGAAGAUGACGAGAUGUCAAGUGACUUUAGUGUUGAUGAGAAGUUCACUAACUUUGAUCCAGUUGUUCGAGUUGAUGUUGACUUGCACAUCUCAGCCCAGAUGAACAUCCGAAAGUACUUCGAAAUUAAAAAAAAGAGUUAUGAAAAGGAGGUCAAAACUAAGACUGCAGCAGAUAUUGCAUUUAAAGAUGCAGAAACCAAUGCUCUGAAAGAAAUUACUAAGCAUAGGCAGACAUUGAAGAUUGAUAGAAUGCGUAAAGUGUUCUGGUUUGAGAAAUUCGAUUGGUUUAUCUCAUCAGAAAACUACCUCUGCAUUUCUGGCAAAAAUGCGUAACAAAAUGAAGCAUUAGUUAAGAGAUAUUUGAAUAAAGGAGACUUGUUCAUGCAUACUGAUAUGCCUGGAGCAGCUGUUACUAUCAUAAAAAAUCCAUCAGGAUAGGUUGUCCCACCAAUUACUCUAAAUGAAGCAGCUAUUUUUGAAUUAUGUCACAGUAAAGCUUGGGAGGGUAAAAUUGUGACCAGUGUUUACUGGGUUCAUGCAGACUAGGUAUCAAAGACGCCACCUACUGGUUUAUAUAUUGCAACUGGCAGUUUUAUGAUUAGAGGUAAGAGAAACUCAAUUACUCCAAGCAAGCUUGAACUAGGUUUCACUAUAAUGUUCACUUUAAAUGAGGAGAGCAUUGCCAAUCAUAUGGGUGAAAGAAAGCCUAGACUUCAGCAAGAUGAGAUGGAAUCCCAAUCACUUUUAGAUAAACUAGACUCUCUAAAUGAUUUGAAUGAAAUGACUGAAGAUAUAGAGUUACUAGAUGAUGGUGAGGAAUCUCAAGUCAGCGAACUAUCAAAAUAAAACUCUACAGUUACCUCAGGGGCUAUAAAAGAAGAGUAUUAAGUUGUUCAAGUUGGUGAAGAUAAGGAAUAUAUGGAGAAAAAGAGAUAAGCAAACUACUUGAAGAAAUAAAAGCAAAAGGAAUAGCAAAAUAAAUCAAAGGGUGAGAAGAAAGCAGAUGCUAAGAAAUAAUAAGAAAUAGAAGAGGAGAAAGAAGCAUUGACUUAGUAAAAACCAAAAUAAGUAAGAGGGGCAAAAAAAAAGAUCUAGAAAAUCAAAGAUAAAUAUGCAGAUUAAGAUGAGGAAGAAAGGCAAAUGAGACUAGAAAUGCUUGGUGCUAAAAAGAUCAAAGGCUUUGAUUAGAAAAUAAAAAAGCAGCCAACAAAUGGCAAAAAGGAUUUAAAGAACGGGGAUAAGAAGCAGAGUUUAAAAUCAAAUGAUAAGUAAGAAGAUGAAGAAUAGGAGAUUAAAGAGCAAUAGGAGAUAGUUGAUGAGACCUAAGCUGACUCCAUUUAACAGCAAGAAGAAUUAGAAAAUCAAUAAGAUUCCCAAGUUUAGCCAGAGAUAUAGCUAGAAGAAUCUAAACUAGAAGAUUAAGAAGAAGAAAUGCAAGAAGUUUAAAUUGAGAACUAAGGCGAGAACGAAAUAGAGGAAGUGGUUGAUGAAGAAGAGGAAAAGAAGGAAAUAGAUUAAAUAAUGAAAGAGGAGGACAUAAAUCUUGUUGCUGAGAAUGUAGAUGUCAAUGAGAUAGAUAAGCUUACUGGUAUUCCUAAGGCAACUGAUAUACUUAUUGGAGUUGUUCCAAUGUGUGCUCCAUAUUCCGCUAUUCAAACAUAUAAAUACAAGGUUAAGAUCCAGCCAGGCACUUUAAAGAGAGGUAGAGCGAUGAAACUAAUAAAGAGUUUGUUCCUUGGACAAGCCAAUAAAAAUCAGUUCGAUACUAUGAGUAUCAAGAACAUCCCAGAUGCAGAUAUGACUAACAUGCUUGUCAAUAACUGCAGAGUACUUGCUCCAGGUCUGACUAAGCUGCAAAAUGCAAACAAACAGAAUAAAAGAAAGAAGGACAAGGAUUGA